GAGGAGUGCGCAGUUGGAAGCUCCGGGUCGCCAGUGUGUGAACGAGCCUCCCCGUUACGUCCAAAUAAUCCACAACCUUCCAUUUCCUAUAUCACCCUGUUCAUCUUCGCAUUCCAUUAUCUUCAACAAAGAACAAGAUGGGUAGCCAGAUUCGUCAGAAUUAUCACGAGGACUGUGAAGCAGCUAUUAACAAGCAAAUCAACCUGGAACUUUAUGCUAGCUAUGUCUACCUGUCCAUGAGUUACUAUUUUGAUCGUGAUGAUGUUGCCCUUCCCGGGAUGACCAAGUACUUGAAGGAAGCAAGUGAUGAGGAGAGGGAACAUGCUCGGAGGUUUAUGAAGUACCAGAACCAACGUGGUGGACGCAUUGUACUGCAAGCCAUUGCUGCUCCAUCACUCCAGGAAUGGGGUAAUGCUCAUGAUGCCCUGCAAGCUGCUUUGGAUCUGGAAAGGCAGGUCAACCAGUGCUUGCUGGAGCUUCAUGGCACAGCUAGUAGCAACAAUGAUCCUCACCUGACCAAGCUUUUGGAAGAUGAGUACUUGGAGGAGCAGGUGGAGUCCAUGAAGAAGAUUGGAGACAUGAUUACCCAACUGAAACGUGCUGGUACCUCUGGUCUUGGCGAAUAUCUCUUUGACAAGAAUCUCCAGUAAUGAAACCUGUCCUGAAGAAGAAAGGCACAUUUUCACAAACUGUGGGGUUGAUUUACACAUUUUAUUUGCAUUGAUUUAAACUUAGAACUUAAUAACAAUUUCAUGUACUGUCAUCCGUCAUUGGUUUGCCAGAGAUUUGAGCUCCUUUUGGAUUAAGAACUUUUCUGUAAAUCUUGCAUUUUGUAUUUUGGCACAGGACCAGAUUUAGGCAUAAGCUAAACGAGGUACAGUUUUGGGCCUCGCAAAAUUUCAGAUUUUUUAUUUUUUUCGUGGUUUUACUAUAAUUUAAAUUUGAGUGAUGAUUUAACCUGAUUAUGCUAUACAUCUAUAGGCAUACAGAGAAUAAGUGUCAGCCCCCCCCCCUUUCCUUUUCUGGCAAUUAAAAGUUUACAACAGUAUUUUACCCCGAGGAAUUAAAUACGUUCAGUCACUGGAAACGAAUUUGCAGCAUUUUCCUCAAUGCUAAUUAAAGGCAUAUUUUAAGUUCUAAUGGAGUAAACACCCCUCCCCAUGGGUUAGUUAUGCAUUUUGAUGGCAUUCUUGCCAAGUUCAGUUGUUACACCGCCUUGUUCUCUGUUAACACUUGCCAAAUUGCCAAAUUGGGCCUUUACAGCUUCCUGUAGCUCAGGGCCUUGCCAUGUCUAAAUCUGGCCCUGGCUUUUGGGCAACCUUGUACUUAAUAUGGUGCUUGUCGAGAGAGAAGUUGCAUUUAUACUGCAGUUGGAAAUAAAUUCUCAAAUUGCAUCGACUAAACCCCGUAGAUAUUAGUUUGUUAAAGGUGAUCUGGUUUUUGACUUGAUGUAUAUAUCUUAUACGGUACUGUAUAGCACUUGAUCAUAUUGCAACUAUAGUGGUACAGUACUGUACACUUUUAGAAAAAAAUGUUGGAACCCAGUAAAACAAAUGAGUAACUUGUAAGUUUUAGUAAUAUUGUUUCCAGGUUGAGUUGCUUUAACUUUUCUAUGGUUGGUGUGAACAUCUUGAGUUUGUGUUGUGAACUUUCAUUUCAUUAAAGAGGUAUCUGGCA